GGCUGUCUGUCUGUCGGGAGGCGGAGACGCUUCAGCUUCUCUUCAUUACGCGUUUCGAAAACUAGAGAAGAAACUCGCCGCUGCCCGCUCGCUGAACACGCCGCGCCUGGGACACUUUCACUGGAUUACCAGCUGCAAGACGAGAGACGAACAUCCAAGUAAGAACUGUUAUGAGACUAGCUGAUGGAUCUCCAGUAGACUCUCUGAAGCCUCAUCUGCUAACUGGUCCACAUGACUGAGCAAUGCAGCAGCCGUGAGCAGCAGAACAACACCUGUGUUCUUCGUUAAAACAAGAUGUCAUCAGCAACUGAAAAUGGAGUUGGAGGGUCUAGCAAUAACAGCAGAGAGAAAACCUACAAAAAGACAACCUCAUCAACUCUAAAAGGGGCCAUCCAGUUGGGCAUCGGUUACACCGUGGGGAAUCUGACCUCAAAACCUGACCGAGAUGUUCUCAUGCAGGACUUUUAUGUGGUGGAGAGUGUGUUUCUGCCCAGUGAAGGGAGCAACUUGACCCCCGCACAUCACUACCCAGACUUCCGCUUCAAAACCUACGCUCCUUUGGCCUUCCGCUACUUCAGAGAGCUCUUUGGAAUCAAGCCAGAUGACUACCUGUACUCUAUCUGCAAGGAGCCUCUGAUCGAGCUGUCCAACCCAGGGGCCAGUAGUUCUCUCUUCUUCUUGACCAGUGAUGAUGAGUUCAUCAUCAAAACUGUCCAGCACAAGGAAGCCGAAUUUCUGCAGAAGCUACUGCCAGGCUACUACAUGAACCUCAACCAGAACCCCAGGACCCUCCUGCCGAAGUUCUAUGGCCUGUACUGCGUCCAGUCGGGGGGCAUGAACAUCCGAGUGGUGGUUAUGAACAAUGUAUUGCCCCGGUCUUUAAAAAUGCACUACAAAUAUGAUCUGAAAGGCUCCACAUACAAGCGGAGGGCCUCUCGGAAAGAGCGGGAGAAGUCCUGCCCCACGUACAAGGACUUGGACUUUCAGGACAUGCAUGAAGGCCUGUACUUUGAUACAGAGACUUAUAACGCCCUGAUAAAGACACUACAGCGAGACUGUAGGGUGCUAGAAAGCUUUAAAAUAAUGGACUAUAGUCUGCUGCUGGGAGUUCAUGUGCUGGAUCAGAACCAUAGAGACGGAAAUGUGAGUGGGGGAGAUGGAAAGCGUCCUGUAGGCCAAAGAGUCCUUUACUCCACUGCCAUGGAGUCCAUCCAGGGAGAUGGCAAGGCAGCCGAGGCCAUAACCACUGAUGACACAAUGGGAGGAAUUCCAGCCAGAACCAACAGGGGUGAGAAGCUGCUGAUUUUUCUGGGAAUAAUCGACAUCUUGCAGUCAUACAGGUUUAUCAAGAAGCUGGAACACUCGUGGAAAGCCCUGGUCUAUGAUGGUGAUACGGUGUCCGUGCACCGGCCGGGCUUCUAUGCAAACAGAUUUCUCAAGUUCAUGAGCACCAGAGUGUUCCGGAAGAUUCAGACAAACCGUUACUCUCCAUCUAAGAGGACACGUAACUCCAUAGUCCCUCUCAAAUCCUCCUCUCAGGAGCUGCUGUCCUCCCAGAAGGAGGACAAAGUGGACGAAAGGCCUGACCGGCUCAGCGGAGCUCGCAGUCUGGCAAGCCUGGACGGACAAGUGUUCGGCUCUUAUCUGCGUCCAGACCUGGUUGCUGUUACACAUGCUUUGGGUGAGGCAUCGUCUGUAGGCACCUCUGUCUCCUCUUCUUCUAUGUUCAUCAGUGAUAGAUACUUGGAGGCCAGAUCAAAUGACAGAUGUGAUAUUGGCUCAUGUUCUACCUUUACACUGGAGGACAGCGCCAUCUGUCUGACAUCUGAGCAAAGCACCAUGGACAUGGACCGAGACGAUGGCUCUGUGCUGGACGUUUACUUAUAAAGAGAUGUGAGGUGUUCAUCAUAUCUUUCCUCAUCACCCUUCAUCACUCAUGUCCUGGGCACUUCUCCUCUGAGCUGCUCCGGGCUUUCACUGCUCUGACUCCUACAACCAAAGAUUGGAGAGUCGCCACCAAGAUGCAGGCGAUAGCCAAAGGAAACCAGAUGUUCCUCCAUUCCCAGGACAGUAUAGUUGGGCUAAGGAGGUUGUGUUUUAAAGGCCAAAAGGCACAUAGGCCUGAUUCUGCAGCCUGGGGCCAAAGCAUCUGCAAUCAUCAGUUGUUGUAUAUGUGACUCAUUGUGGAAAGAGUAAUUCUCAGAUGUCGAGCACUGCUUUGAUUAGACCAGAGCUGUGCAUAUAUACAGCUGUUAAGCUUUUUGGUUCCUGCCACCUGGGACCAACACAAACUCUGAGAUCAGACUGAAGAGAGCUAAGACUUGAUACAUGAAACUGUGUCAUUUUAAGAAAUUGUUUGAAGAAACGCAAAGUAUAAUGCAAAGACACUUUAUAUUCUUUACAUUCUUUAAUUAGUUUGUAUAUCUGUGAUAUCUAGUAGACUAGACUGAACGUUUUGUGGCCCAAAGGUAGGCUGUCAGUAGUCCACCUACUACUGAAUGUCCAGCUUUUCAUAAAUUCUACAAACUACUUUAGGGGAACGCAAUAAGCCAAUAUUGUCAUCUGAAUUCAAAAGAACAUGCAAACUGUUUUGCAUAGACAAUUCAUUUAUUAUAGAUGUAUUUCAUGCCAUAUAUUGCAAUAUUGGUGGCGCUUGGUGUCUGAUAUCAAUCCCUGAUUUUCACAAAUGCACAUUUAGGGAAUUCUCAGCUUAAUCAUGUACAUUUUUAUAGAGGUUGCGAAACGAAGGACUUUUGCUAAUGUGUAGAUACAAAAAAAGACAUUUUAUGAAGGGGAGGGCUUGUUUCAUAUCCGAAUGUGCAUUCUGUUAGCUCCUUUUCAUAUUGAAGCAUCCUGUUACUUGCUUAUUAUUAAAUGUUGGCGUGCUUCUGUUUUACACAAAUACAAAGUUUAGAGAGUGCUCCAUAUUCAAAAAUGUCUUUGGAAUAUCAUUAUUGCACCUUUGUUGGUUUUGAGAUAAUAAUUUAUUGAAGACUAUCAAUAAACAUUCUAUAUUGUA